AGGGUUGACAUUGAAAUAUUCUUGCAUUCGUUACUACCCUCCAACUCAGUUCAAAGUUUGAAUUCUUAAAAAGUUACAAGUGAUGCAGUUUAGUGACUUUUUGUUGUAUGAAAAGUUAAAAGGUUACUGCUAAUGAAUAUAACGGUGGUGCACUCACUGCAAUCAUAACAAACUACCGUUAGUACUUCCCUAUUUCAGACUUUCAGUGAAUAGUGUGGUUCUUGAUUUCUCCCCAAUACGGAGUCUACUGUCGCUGGAUGGCACUUGCAUAAUGAUUUAUAGUCAUUGCGCGAUCUUAAAUGAACGCCAGCGCUUAUCAUUUAUUUGAUUCCAUAUCUCUGCGCGAGCCUGUGAUCUGCAGAGUCGGAUGCUUUGCAUGGUAUUUCAGUUUCACUCUGUCCCAGUGAAUACGAUCCGCUUACCAUCUGCAACGCAUGUGAUGGUUGAUCUGUUGUCCAUGGUACCAUGGAUGCCUUUCAGUACUUUCCUCACGCUGAAUCCAGUCAGCAAACAUCCACGCCAAAAUUUGAUCGACUCACUUCACAGAAGCAGCAUCAACUCUUUAACGCCAACGAAUCGGCCAUUCUGGACGUGGAAGCCUCUGUACAGGAGGUGCAGAUAGCCGUUUCCAAGGAUGCCAAGGGUCUUGGAAACAGCUGCAAACGGCGCCUUUUCGAUACAAAACCCGUACCCAGAACGCCGCGGACUGCGGUUAGGAUUAUCCCGAAUAAAAGAGUGAAAGUGGUGGAUGUGCGCAACUCAUCAGGAGCCAGUUUGAAGACUGUGCGUGAAACUCCGAAACUGUUGGUUGAUCACCAGAGAAAAUGGUCGGCGGCGCAGCGAUCGGAGUUUUUUUCUGCCGUUCAUGAACAUGGUGUGGAUUGUGAUGCGAUUGCGGAGCGAAUGUGCGCAACGUUACAAGCCAAAUAUGCGGACAGGGUGCGCACAAAGUCAGCGGACAGCAUCCGCGAAUUCUGCCAGGAAAUCUUUCUAAUUGUGGGUAGAAUUGUUGAUCGCUCAGCCGACGUUACCGAUCGCGCCUUCCAGACCUACGCCCUGAUCAACUUCGGAAUAUGGAACAGAUAUUUCGGGGAAGAAGGAUGUCGGAAAUUACAAAAGAACGCGGUAGAAGACGCGCAUGUGUUCAGAAAUCUUUUCAACAGCGGAAAAUCGGAGGUGAAGAAUUCCACCGUCAACGAGGUUGUUACUCCAAAGUGCUUUGCUCUUCAAAGGCUUCAUCUCCAUGAAGAAAUCCAAAAAGUCCCUCACACCAUCAGGCUACACCUACGGCCCCGCUCGGGCUUCAGUUGGUCCAAUGUCAAACGCAGCAGACGGUGUCCUCUAACACAACUGCACAUGAACCGCUCGCACACCCUGGCCGACCUGCGAGACUUUGUCUUGCAGCAUUGGCACAUUGAACGGAAGGAGCACCGGUAUUAUAAUUUUGACGAACAUCGUCUCAUCUUGUACAGAUCAAAUGGAACACCGUUACACUUCCCGGACCUAAUGCCGGAUUUCGACACCUGUUUCGGUAUCAGGCCGUAUUCAUGGUCAGCGUACAAGGGAUACGAAGAAAAAACAGCCGCACAGCGGAGAGAAUCCAGAAAAUGUUCUGAUCAGGAGCGCUUAUUUAAUGAUGAUGAUGCACGUUUUGAUGGUGACAAUGACAGCGAUGAUGCCGACAAUGGGAUAGUGGUGAAAGAUGCCAAGAAAAAGCCAGAAUCCAGGGAAAUAUUUCGUGAAUUCUUCGAUAAAGAGCAGCUUAAGCUUGUCAGCACCAAUAAACAACACUUGCAGACCACGUUUGCCGAAUUGUACUUAAUUAUUGGCCAAAAUGGACAAAUCCACAUGGACUAUGAGUGGAUUAUUCCGGAUGAAGAAGUGGUGCACGAUCUGCCAGCGGAAUUACUCUUGCAUAACAGCCUGUCCGAUCUCUUUUAUGACCGCAUGCAAAUUAAGAAGCCCGAACCGCCGCGCCAACCUCUGCAGCCCGUCUUGGUGGAUAUUCCCGCCAAUAUCGUUAACAUUUCGCCUGUGGGCGUCAGCCAGAUUGACUGCACAGGGAAUAAGAACACCAAUGUAUGCGCGGCUGUUCCGGAAAAUCCUCAGCAGUCCGGGUUUGUGUUCUCCAGUACGGAUACAUUAUCGGAGUACCUGGUACCCAAUAAUUCGGUGCAAUCAUCGGUCAGCGCGGAUAUUCAGUGUGUAUCUAGUGUUCCUUCGCAGUCGCUCAGUCAAAGCGCGCUGCCGUCUGCCGUCCCCCUUCAGAUCAUCAGCAGUCCCAUGUCCCAGGUGACAUUUCAACUACAAAGCACGCCACAAGGAGGGAUAAUGAUGGUUCCGCUGAAUAACGCUACCGGUUCAUUCCCGUUCCUUUCUAAUGUGGGAAUGGGAUUCUCAACUAAUCUGAUCCAGUUGAAUUCUGCUAGCUCGCCCCAGCUGUUAUUGCAGCAAGUUCAAACUCCCUUUGGACAGCAAUACGUUAUUGGAAAUCAGUUUGUGCAAGGUAUGGGAUCUACUGUAAUCGCACCCGCCCCGGCAUCCUCCGCUGAUUCGAGAAGAGGGCGUCCUCCAAAACCCUGCCUUCCACUUCCACGGCAGAGUAAUUCGGUAUCGAAACUGCUGAAGAGACCCACUCGAUGAAACAGAAAGAGCGCCCGCCCCUCUUUCUAUUUCUCCUACUUGGUGUAGCUAGCGCAUACACGUUUCUCUUUGUCGGUGCUUCUGUAUUCUUCGGUUCGUGUUAUCAGUAUUGUACAUUUGUACAUUCUGACAUCGGUAAAACCUUUCCGUUCCUUCAUAAUAUGUAUUGUGUAAUAUUUACUAUCGUUGGCGGACCGGUCUGGACGCCGCUGCUGCUGUCCCUAUGUUUGGUAAUAUCGCCGGGUUGAUGUUGUAACCUUGAUGUAUUUUUUGCAUUUGUGAUUAUCUUGCAUUUGGCUUUAUUUUGUCUUUUAAUUCGUAUUUAUUGUUUUGAAAUUUGUGUUCGUUUCAUGUUUAAGCUUUGAGGGCAGUUAAAAUAAAUGUACGUACUUGC